UGCAAGGAGCGAGAGGCAUCCAACCCACACAAGAAAUAUCGCAGUCCCCCGCCAAAGACCUCUGGAAGCAUGUCCGCGGAGCCCUUCUAUGUGCGCUAUUACUCCGGCCAUUCAGGUCGAUUCGGUCACGAGUUCUUAGAGUUUGACUUUCGUACCUUGGGUGAUGGCCGCAGUUCAGCAGUCCGUUACGCCAACAAUUCGAACUAUCGCAACGACUCUCUGAUCCGCAAGGAAAUGUGCGUCAGCUCCGCGGUCAUCGCAGAGAUCAAGCGCAUCAUAAAAGAUAGCGAGAUCAUGAAGGAAGAUGACACCAAGUGGCCAAGCAAGAACAAGGAUGGCCGACAGGAACUCGAGAUCCGGCUUGGGAAUGAGCACAUCUCCUUCGAGACCGCCAAAAUCGGCUCUCUCGUCGAUGUGACCGAAUCGGAAGAUCCAGAGGGCUUGCGAGUGUUCUACUAUCUGGUCCAAGACCUGAAGGCUCUGGUCUUCUCACUCAUCUCUUUGCACUUUAAGAUCAAGCCAAUCUAGUCGCCACGUUUGUAAUGAAAUCCAGUUCUUAGUAGCACGCAUUGAGGAAUCAAGAGAAAUACAAAGGCGACUACGACGUUGCCAAUCAUAGUUGCAUGUUGCUGAACGUUUCCGUAAUGCCAGAAAUGAGCACCUAGUGUAUCGGAGCGCAGCUCCAGCUUAAAAAUGUUUGCUCUAGCCAGCGAAGAUUAGUGAUUCGUCGUUGAGGCUAACCUGUUUCCCGGCUGUUAUAACAGCUUUAUAACCCAGGUUUCGCGCUCACCAAGGCUAUCGAUAUUUUAUCUCUCUCUUAAAAUAUAUGGAAGAGACCAAGACAUGUAAUUUUACUCGUCGAUGUCGGUACAGGACGUAGUAGUAGACCCAUGUGUCUUGGACAAGAUAGGCCGCAAUAUUGAUGGGAAUCGGUCUGCUUCUCUAUAUCAUCUACAGCUCCAUGACCAAUCUUGAAGUAUUUAAUGCAAAUGGUUCUGCCAGUAAGUUUCGCUACAUAA